GUUGCCACUGGGGAGACUGCUCGUUACUGCUGCUGCUGUCCCUGCCGCCUUAUGGCGGCCAUCGGCGUGCACUUGGGCUGCACAUCAGCCUGUGUGGCCGUCUAUAAGGAUGGCAGGGCUGGUGUGGUUGCAAAUGAUGCAGGUGACAGAGUUACUCCAGCUGUUGUUGCUUACUCCGAAAAUGAAGAGGUUGUUGGACUGGCAGCAAAGCAAAGUAGAAUAAGAAAUAUUUCAAAUACAGUAAUGAAAGUAAAGCAGAUCCUUGGCAGAAGCUCUGAGGAUCCACAGGCCCGGAAAUACAUCACAGAAAGUAAAUGUUUAGUCAUUGAAAAAAAUGGGAAAUUACGAUAUGAAAUAGAUACCGGAGAAGAAACAAAAUUUAUUAACCCAGAAGAUGUUGCCAGGCUGAUUUUUAGUAAAAUGAAAGAAACGGCACAAUCUGCCUUGGGCUCAGAUGCAAAUGAUGUAGUUAUUACCGUUCCAUUUGAUUUUGGAGAAAAGCAAAAAAACGCUCUUGGGGAGGCAGCCAGAGCUGCAGGAUUUAACGUUUUGCGAUUAAUUCAUGAACCAUCCGCAGCUCUCCUUGCUUAUGGAAUUGGACAAGACUCCCCCACAGAAAAAAGCUAUAUUUUGGUAUUUAAGCUCGGAGGAACAUCCCUGUCUGUCAGUGUCAUGGAAGUUAACAGUGGGAUAUAUCGUGUUCUUUCAACAAACACUGAUGAGAACAUAGGUGGUGCGCAUUUCACCGAAACCUUAGCACAGUAUCUAGCUUCUGAGUUUCAAAGAUCUUUCAAACAUGAUGUGAGGGGAAACGCUCGAGCCAUGAUGAAAUUGAUGAACAGUGCUGAAGUUGCAAAACACUCUUUGUCAACUUUGGGAAGUGCCAAUUGUUUCCUUGAUUCAUUAUAUGAAGGUCAAGAUUUUGAUUGCAAUGUGUCCAGAGCAAGAUUUGAACUCCUCUGUUCUCCACUUUUUAAUAAAUGUAUAGAAGCAAUCAGAGAACUCUUAGAACAAAGUGGAUUUACAGCAGAUGAUAUCAACAAGGUUGUCCUUUGUGGAGGGUCUUCUCGAAUCCCAAAGCUACAGCAGCUAAUUAAAGACCUUUUCCCAGAAGUUGAGCUUUUGAAUUCUAUCCCUCCUGAUGAGGUUAUCCCUAUUGGUGCCGCAAUAGAAGCAGGAAUUCUUAUUGGGAAAGAAAACCUUUUAGUGGAAGACUCCCUUGUGAUAGAGUGUUCAGCCAAAGAUAUUUUAAUUAAGGGUGUGGAUGAAUCAGGAGCCGACAGAUUCACAGUCCUAUUUCCAUCAGGAACUCCUUUGCCAGCUCGAAGACAACACACAUUACAAGCCCCUGGAAGUAUAUCUUCAGUAUGCCUUGAGCUCUAUGAGUCUGAGGGGAAAAAUUCUGCAAAAGAGGAAAAUAAGUUUGCCCAGGUUGUACUCCAGGAUUUAGAUAGAAAAGAAAAUGGAUUGCGUGAUAUAUUAGCUGUUCUUACAAUGAAAAGAGAUGGAUCUUUACACGUGACAUGCACAGAUCAAGAGACUGGAAAAUGCGAAGCAAUCACUAUUGAGGUGGCAUCUUAGCAUUUUAGAGAAACCUUGAGUUUUUUAGAAUGUCAAUAUUAUUUGGUUUUGUUUAUAAGUGAAGUUUAUAUUAAAAUACUUUUUAAAUGAACUAUAUAAUCUAUGUUUCUAUUAAAUGACUAUAUUGGUAAAUGUUGGAACUUCUUUUUUUCAUUUAAGAUGAACUGUUAUCAGUGAGAAAUAAAGGAACCUUUUCUCUCAUGAAGCUGUUGAGAAUUAAAUCGAGUUUAUUGAAGGAAAUUUUACAAGAAAUUUCUCAUUGUUUUACUUUUUUUGCCUUUAGAACUUCCAAUUAAAAAAAGUCUUCUAUUCUUGUUUAAGAACUAAAAACAAUGAAAAGUCCUUGAUAUUAAAUGAAAAAAAACUAGAGAACUAUAUGCAACAUUUUUUUUUUUUUAAAGCAAACUCACAAACUCAACAGUUGCGUAUAUAUGAAUGUACAGAAAGAGAGAAAGUCUAGGAGGCUGAAUAUCAAAUGUUUAGCAGUAGCUUUUGUGGAGAGAAAUAGGGGGAGCGGAUUUUACUUUUUUCUUUUUACAACACUGUCAGAGGAAACCUGUUUUUCUUUUGAAUUUAAAAGGUUUUUUAAAAGAGAUCUAGCCAUAUGUCCAUUUACCAGAGAAUAUUCAUGAGUGCAUUGAGAUACUCAAUGGGCUGCUGAUUAAAAAACUUAUUCUCUAAAUAAAGCAAGAGAACAAGUCUUCCCAUAUGGGGAAGAGCCGGAAGGUUAGCAGUGCACAUCAGACUCAAGAUUUUAUUGCGAAGGAGGAGGUUCCAUUCAUUUCUCCCCUUGGUUCCCAGCAGAGCUGAGAAGAGGAACUGUCUACUAACUCGUAAAACUAACUCCCUGUGCUGUUUUUAUCUGUUAAACUUUGCGGAUGUGCUUUAUUACUGAAGUUGAUUUUUAUGGGGAUAUAUGUCAGUUUUUUCUUUUUCUAAGGAUAUAGAAACCAAACUUAAUUUUUUUCAUGAUUAUUAUGCAGCAAAUUAUUGACAGAACCACGAAGAGAAUGCAGAUCGUAAGUCCACAAAGUCUCUAGAUAUAGAAGCAGCCUCAAAGGCAUACCAUUUGGACUAAGACUUAGUUAUUUCUUAAGAUAUUUUCCAAAAUUACAAAAUAUUGGAAAUAAAUAUGUUUAUAAGCCAGACACUUAAGUGUCUUCAGAAAAAUAGGAAAAUGCCAACUAAACUUGUUCAAUUGCUAAGUCUAAAUGCUUUGGAAAAAUGCUUUAGGAUUUUACUUCAUCGUUAUCAUUAAUUGCUUUUUAAGAUAGACCAUGUGUUGACAAAUUAUGGCCUACAGGCCAGAUCCAGUGGUACCCUGGUGAUACAGUGAUGAAGUGCUUGGCUGCUAACCAAAAGAUUGGUGGUUCAGACCCUCCAUCCACUCUGCAGGAGAACGAUGUGGUAAUCUGCUUCCAUCAGGAUUACAGCCUUGGAAACGGUAUAGGGCAGUUCUAUUCUGUCCUGUAGGGUUGCUAUGAGUCGGAAUCAACUCAAUGGCAGUCGGUUAGAUCACAAUCUACCCUCCACCUUUUUGUAAAUAAAGUUUUAUUACAGCAUAGCCAUGCUCAUUUGUUAUGUAUUGUUUGUGGUUGUUUUCACCCUACAAUGGCCAAGUUGAGUAGUUGCAACAGAGACUGUAUGGCCCGCAAAGCUUAAAAUAUUCUCUGAUCCUUUGCAGAAAAAUUGUGUAGACCCCUCAAGUAGAUUAUUGAAACUCGUAGGAUAAAAAAAUCAUAGAUUUAUUCAAGAGUGUAUUUUUCUCCGUAUUCACAUAGUUAUUUUCUUGACUGCUUUCCCCACUAGAUCGUUAAGCAUUGUGAGGGCAGAGACUGUCAAUCUUAGUCACCAUUUUAUCUCAGCCCCCCAGAACAGUCAUGAACAUAGUACCCACUAACCACUGCCGUCGUAGGUGUUCAAUAAAUGUCUACUGAAUAAAGGAGUUACAUGGAAGAAAAAAUACGUGUCAUCUUUGUAUCUUACAGGACAAUGCCAUAUUUUGUUUAUGGUUUGUUUAGAAACAUAAUAAAGAAGGAAAGGGAUGCCACUGCUUCUGAUUUUACCAGUCAACUUUGUGUGAUUUUUUUUCAGACGUAUCAAAUUUGAAAUUGUUAUCAGUAAGUGCUACUGCCUAAUGAAACACCCUCAAGUUUUCUUGUAUCCUCCAGUGACAAGUUUUUUUCUCUGAGUGUGUGAAAGAUUUGCCAGCUAAAUUUUCUAGUGUAUUGCAUUUUUCAAGGUGAAAGUAACUUUUAAAUUUUUUCUGAUUAUAAAAUGAUACGUGUUUUAUUAUAAAAUUAAAUUAAAAAAACCAAAAUAUUAAACCUUCUUUAUGCUACCACCCAGAGUAAUAACUGUUCAGAUAUUUUUGGUGAGCAUCUUGAAAAUCUUUGUGUGUACCUCCAAGUUAUCUUUGCAGUGUCACAUACGUAGUUCAAUACGUGAACACUUCUACCUGACCCAGCAAAAGGUUAUGUCAAAUUGUAAUUUUGUCUCUUUAUAUGUCUGAUACCACCUAAAGAACAGAGCCAACAUAAAAAUAGAAAUAAAUGUCUAUAAUACUGUGAAAGUCCUGGGAGGCCACAAAAUAUUUAAUCACAAACUGAAAGCUUUAUGUAAGAGUUUUUAAGGAUAAAAACAAACAAACGAAAAACGGAUCAGAGUACAAAACAAGUUCUACAGGAACAUUUCAGGAUUUCUAAAAUGCUGGAGAGUGACUAACAACAUUUUAAAAUUUUGAUGACCCCGCAACUCCACGAAUAGUUGUAGUAUGUAGAGAGUAAUAGGGUCUGGUAUCACUUCUGUUUUGUAGAUAUGGAAAUAGAUCCAGAAAGGUUAAAUAAUUUUAUUUAUCCAACAUCUCACAAUAACAACCUGGUAAAUUUCAAACUAAAGUUCAGGUCCUCUUUUCCAAACUUAAUUUUUACUGAUUGCUUCGUAUUCUAAACACUUAUCUACAUUAUUUUAUUUAAAUCUCAAAUUUUUAAUCCAUUGUCCAUUCUUUACCUCUCAAAGAUGAAUAUUUAUUUAAACAGAAGGCACUCCAUAUUUUUUUCAGUGGCCUUUAUGAAGAAGAAUUUGGGGGAGCCAUAAUUCUGUACUUCUCCCUUGAGGAUACUGGUAUUCUUCUCCCAGUGGCUUUUGACAUCCUUCUCCAUUCAUUUAGCCAGGAUUUAUCAAGAUCCUCAAAUGUUUUAGCCUCAGGACACAGUUGUACUCUUAAAAAACUACUGAGAAUCCAAGAAGCUUUUGUUUUUAUAGGUCAUACAGAUAUUCUCAUUUACCAUAUUAGAAAUUAAAACCAAGAUAUUUUAAAAAUAAUUGAUUUUAAAUAACAAAAAGAAUUACAUGUUAACAUAAAUAACAUUUUUAUGAAAAUAAUUUGUAAAACAAAAACAGCAGUGGUGGUGUUUUAUGAUUUUUUCAAAUCUCUUUAAUGGCUGGCUUAAUAGAAGAUAUCUGUAUUCUCGUACCGGCUUUUGCAUUCAAGCUGUUGGAAUAUCCAAGUUGUGUAACUUCUAGAAACUCCACUGUAUACUCACGAGAGAAGGAGAGUAAAGAAGGCAGUUAACAUCUUGAUACUAUUAUGAAAAUAGUUUUGAACUCACGAACCCCCGAAGAGUCUCAGGGUUCCUGUACCAUACUUCGAGAAUCACUACUGUAGAUAAACUGGUUUCAACCCCUGCUAAGAAUUAGUAUUUCCACCCGAGAUGUACUGAAUCAGAAACUACAGUUUUACAAGAUCCCCAGGUGAUUCUUAUGUAUAAUAAAUUUGAGAACCUGUGCUCUACUAGUUGGAAACCCUGGUCUCAUAGUGGUUAAGUGCUGUAGUUGCUAACCAAAAGGUUGGCAGUUUGAAUCUACCAGGUGCUCCUUGGAAACCCUGUGGGGUAGUUCUACUCUGUCCUACAGGCUUGCUAUGAGUCGGAAUCGACUCGAUGGCAACGGGCUUGGUUUUUUGGUUUGCUCUACUAGUGGUUCUCAGAAUUGGUCCCUAACCAGCAACAUUAACAUUGCCUGUGAACUUGUUAGAGGAGCCGUGGUGGUGCAGCGGUUAAAGCACUGGGCUGGUAACUAGAAGUUAAGAGAUUUGAAACCACCAGCUGCUCUGCAGCAGGAAGAUGUGGCAGUCUGCUUCUGUAAAAAUUUACAGUCUUGGAAACCCUAUGGGGCAGUUAUACUCUGUCCUAAAGGGUCUCUCUCUGAGUUGGAAUCAACAUGACCGCAAUGGGUUUCCGUUGGGCUGGUUUGGGAACUUGUUAGAAAUGCAAAUUAUCAGCAGGGGUUUGAAUCUGAAAGAGCUGGUCAGAAGCCCUGAAUAGUAGACAUAGUGGUGAAUAUUGAACAAAGUCUAAUCUAUACCCUGGAAUUCGAGAUUCAGAACUGGAGAAACAAAACAGUGUAAUACAUUCCAUAAAUUUUUAUUGAAACUGAGCAAGACCAAAAAAAAUCAGACAAGA